AAAUAAAAGGGGAAACUUUUAAAGAAGUGUUGAAAUUUCAGCUAAUAUGGAUUCCUCUGUUGUGCAGCAAAAUGUUUGUGUGAAAAAAAUGACAAAACAGUUGACAGGGAAAAGAGGAGACACACAAAUCCAUUCAGUUGUAAGAAGUGGGAAUCUUGAAUUGGUUUUAGAGAUUAUUACUUGUUGUGGUGAAGCAGAAUUGGUUGAAUUAUUGUCAAAACAGAACCAAUCUGGUGAAAAUGCUCUUUAUGUUGCUGCUGAAUCUGGUGAUUUGGUUUUAGUGAAGGAAUUGAUCAAGUAUUAUGAUAUUGGUUUAGCUAGUAUUAAGGCUAGAAAUGGAUAUGAUGCUUUUCAUGUUGCUGCUAAACAGGGUGAUUUUGAAAUGGUGAAGGUACUAUUGGAGGCAUUUCCUCAGCUGUCAGUUACAUUUGAUCAGUCAAAUUCCACAGCAUUGCACACUGCAUCUGCACAAGGUCACAUUGAUGUUGUCAAUUUCCUUUUGGAAACUAAUAGCAGUUUAGCCACAAUACAGAAGAAUAAUGGGAAGACGGCGCUUCAUUCUUCAGCAAGAAAUGGUCAUGUUGCAGUUGUGAAGGCACUUUUAAGCAAAGAAGAAGGGAUCUUAAAUUGGAGAGAUAAAAAGGGACAAACAGCUCUUCAUAUGGCAGUCAAAGGCCAAUGUGUUGAUGUGGUUAACGAGCUUAUUCUAUCGGAUCCUACUUUGGCUACAAUUAUUGAUGGAAAGGGUAAUACUUCUCUGCAUAUUGCAACGCGUAAAGGCCGUGUAGAGAUCGUUCAAGCACUCGUAAAAGACAAACGAAUGAAGUGGGAUGCCAUCAAUAAAUCUGGUGAAACUGCUCUUGACGUUGCUGAGAAAGCACGAAAUUCAGAGAUAGCAGCGAUUCUAAAGGAACAUGGUGUCCUGACUGCAAAGAACAUGAAGCUAGCUUUACCAACGCGUUCAGCCAAAGAACUGAAACAAACUGUUAGUGACAUAAAACAUGACGUUCACAAUCAGUUAGAGCACACUUUCCAAACUCAGAAAAGAGUGAAGAACAUAGCAAAACGUCUGAAUAAAAUGCACACAGAAGGUAUCAACAACGCCAUAAACUCCACCACGGUUGUUGCUGUUCUUAUUGCCACUGUUACUUUUGCUGCCAUAUUUAAUCUACCAGGCCAAUAUACCGAUAAUCCUAAGGAGGUUCCUCCGGGAUACUCAAUAGGAGAAGGAAGGAUUGCUCCUCAACCCCCUUUUGUCAUUUUCUUCAUAUUCGACUCUCUUGCACUCUUUAUAUCAUUAGCUGUUGUGGUUGUUCAAACAUCAGUCGUGGUUGUUGAAAGACGAGCCAAAAAGCAAAUGAUGGCGAUUAUCAACAAGCUAAUGUGGUUGGCUUGUGUAUUUGUCUCCGUAGCAUUUCUUGCACUGUCAUAUAUCGUUAUAGGUAAAGAUGAAAGAUGGAUGGCAAGUGCAGUAACUUUUAUGGGAACUUUUAUCAUGGUUGCGACACUAGGGACACUAUGUUACUGGGUAGUUAUGCAUCGGAUUGAGUCUUCGAAUUUGAGAAGUCAGAGGAAAUCAGCUCGGAGUAGCAAGACGUUGUCACGGUCCGUAUCAAUCAUGUCAGAAUCAGAGAUCCCUGAAGAUCAGUAUAAGAAACUAUAUGCUAUAUAGUUCUAGUUGUUAGCCAAUGUACAUUCUUGUGUAGUAAAAAUUUGAUCUUUGCACUUCAAGAUUCAGUGCAAUAGCUCUAGUUUUUGUGUAGUAUAUGAGCAAGAUAAUUGAAGUGUAAGAUUUUAGAAUUAUGAACAUUUUACUAAGUGAAAUUCAGUGCAGUGAGUAAGCUAAAAGUAAAUAGCAGUCUGGUGCACAAAAUAUCCCGCGUUAGCAGGAUCCGGGGAAGAGCCACACCCCUUUCCAAGGGAUGUGAUGUGUAAAAUUUUAUGCUCUACUGGAAUUUUUAGCAUCUU